AUGAAGCCCAUCCACUCCAUCCUCCCCCUGACCCUAACCUCCCUCUCCUCCGCCCUCCAAGUGCCCCUUGACACCAUCACCAUCACCACCACCAUGCCCAGAGCAGGCAACCCCGUCAUCCCCGGCUGGUACGCCGACCCGGAAGCCCGCAUCUUCUCCUCCUCCUACUGGCUCUACCCAACCUACUCGGCCGCCUACGACUCCCAGACCUUCUUCGACGCCUUCUCCUCCCCAGAUCUCCUCACCUGGACCAAACACCCCCGCAUCCUCGACUUCGCCUCCAUCCCCUGGUCCACCAACCGCGCCGCCUGGGCCCCCUCUGUCAUCCGCCGCCGUCGCACCCGCACCCGCACCCCCAGCUCGUCCCCCAGCCCCAGCUCCUCCGGCGACAGCGACAGCGACGGCGACAGCGACGAGUAUUUCAUGUACUUCUCCGCCGGCGACGGCGCAGGCAUCGGGGUCGCCAAGUCCACCACGGGGCCGGGCGGGCCCUUCGCCGACGCGCUGGGCAAGCCGCUCGUCCCGGAGACGGUGUUCGGCGCGGAGCCGAUCGACGCGCAGGUGUUUGUGGACGACGACGGCGGCGACGGGCGCGCGUGGCUGUAUUUCGGCGGCUGGGGGCAUGCCGUCGUCGUCGAGCUCGGGGACGAUCUGGUGAGUUUGAAGGGCGAGUAUCGCGAGAUCACGCCGGCGGGGUACGUGGAGGGACCGUGGAUGUUGAAGAGGGGAGGGGUGUACUAUUUCAUGUUCAGUGUGGGCGGAUGGGGGGAUGAUUCCUACGGCGUGAGCUAUGUCACCGGUUCCUCGCCGACGGGGCCGUUUACUUCGUCCCCGGUCAAGAUCCUCUCGGGCAAUGCGACGGUGGGCAAGAGUACGGGCCACAAUAGUGUGGUGACGCCUGAUGGCCGGGACUACUACAUCGUCUACCACCGGCGGCCCGUGAACGAGACCGACCGCGACCACCGGGUGACCUGCAUCGACCGGAUGGAGUUUGAUGCGGAUGGGAAUAUCCUGCCGGUGGUGAUUACGACCGAGGGGGUCGAGGGGAGGCCGUUGCAUUGA